AUGGCAAAGGAAGAUCAGGAACUGCCGCUGCAGCCACUCAGACCUCCCCUCUUAACCCGACUGAAAUGGCACUUCAGAGAUGGGCUUGAUUACUUUAACGAGUUGAACUUCCCGCGUGUCAUGUACCAUCUGCUGUCCAUUGUCUACUUCUGCUUCAUCCUGUACCUCACGUACUACGUCCUGCCCUUACCUGGCCAUUGGACUCCUAUCCAGCAAUCCGACAAAGUGCCCGUGGUCUCUCAGGAUCUAAACAAGCAAGUCUCCACCAAAUGUCUGUUGUGUGGGCACAAACCUGACGUCCAAGUGAACCAGUUACUUUGGUUCUUUUCGCGGAUCUUCCGAGCCUACUGUCCUCGCCGCAAGGAUCUUCUGGAGGCAAUGUCAGGAGGGGGUAGGAUCGGGUUUGAUGCACCAUACUUUCCAAGAGACUGUCAUUACCGUUGGUACUCGGUGGAAGAGAUCUGCAUGAUCCUGGAACGCUUUGACGCCAUCGUCUUUGUGGGUGAUAGCAGCAUCCAGGCCAUCUACAACGGACUCAGCAUCCUCUUGCGACAAGACUUGACUCACGGAGCCCUUAGGACCUGGGACAUGGACAAGGAGAAGCUCCGUCAAUGCAGUUGUGACAACCAGUUCACCUCUCAAGCCUGCUCCGAGCACUUCAUCACAUCUAGCAACGACCUCACAAGCCACCAUCUAGGCCGCGCCGAUCACCCCUAUCUCUGCAGCCGAACGGCCCAUUCCUUCCUCGAGACCGGCGGCUCACCCUCCCCAUCAUUUGCGAUUGAAAAGUUCAAACAAAUAGUCCCUCGCGUGGGACGAUCAAACUAUCACCCGAUCGCUAUCGUCCACGGGCUCUCUCCGAACACUGCGACCCCGGAGACUGCCAUCGCGUCGCUCGAAGAAUUCUUGGCCCUGGCAGACUCGUCGCACAGAAAGACGCCUAUGCUCUGGAUCGGCCCCACUGCGUCCGGCCACACUGAGAUCCGCGGUCGCAAGGGAAACCAGGAGAUAUGGGACUUUGAUCGGCGCCUUGCGUUCGUGGCCGAGGACAACGACGUAGAAGUGUUGAGAAUGUGGAACAUGACGGUGCAGACAACCAGUUGGGACGGAAUGAGGUUUGGAGAAAAGGUCGCUAUCACCCAGGCCAUGAUGGUGCUGAACUGGUUGGGCAGAUUGCCUUCUAGCUGA